GUAACAGUAGCCUCGAAACUCAAACAAACAGAGGCUCGAAGCUACGCUCACAGUUCCUGACUGUCAAGCGUUCUGUUAUCAAGGUUUUUAGGGGUCUUUAUUCAUAGGCUGCUUGAAGAAACCUUGCCUAAUGGAAGAUGACCUCCAGGCGGGGGAGUGCAGCCCCCUGGAACCUCUGACCCUGCCUCCGGGAGUCACUCCAGAGAUAGCUGCCAGGCUCACAACUGGUAUCCUAAUGAGACAAGCUUACUGCUCCACCACUCCAUGGACUCAGUGGCUCCUCCUUGCCUCUGUCAGAAUCUUACAUGGUCAUGGAACUCCUACACUGGAUUCUGUAAGUCUCCAUUUAUUACAAGGCUCAUUGGAUGAAAAAUUGUCAUGUGGAGAUCUUUUAGUUGAUGUGGAAGAUGCUAUCCCACACUUGAGUACAGAAGAAAUUAAAGAAAAUGCAAAUAAUUUUGAGAAAAGGAAUAUGGCUUCACCAUGUACUAAGGAUCAUACAGAUGGAAAUGUAGAUUUGGGGAAUACUUUGAAUGAAGAACCAAGUCCUGCUAUGAAGAAUGCAGCUGAAGAAGAGGGUGAAAAGUUUAGCUAUUUAGAAAAAGAGAAAUUUGCUGAUAACACUACAAUACCAUUUAUUGGAGACUGUAAAGGUGCACAUACAGGUUUGGAAAGUGCUGUUAAUAAUGUAGAUAAAAGUAAUUUAGAACCAAGCCGUUAUUCUAUGCAAAGUAUAGUAACUGAAGACAAAAACAUAUUGGAAAUAAGUUUUAACCCAUCGAAGAGAAGUACUCCAAAAACAAGCCUUGUUCCUUUUCCCAAAAAUUAUCUCUGUGAAAAUGAUAAUUCAUUUAAUGUUAGUCACCAUUCUCCAAAAGACAGUAAUAUCUCUAACAUAGCACACAACCAGCAAAGAAGCUCAAUUUCUCUAGAGGGGGGGAAUAAAAUCUCCCAGGAAAAGCAUUGCCCUGAUAAAGAGCCAAAUUCCAUAGUAAUGAGUCAAGAUCACCACAAAAUGCAUGGCCGACCUGAAGGCAACAUGCCCACAGAGUUAAGCAACAUUUGCAAACAACACAAUCUUAUUAGUGAUAUAAUGUCUGCAGAAUCAGACAAUGCACCAUGUAACUCUGCCUCAACAUUAAUUAAGAAAAGUGUCAGUAUCCAAGUGAACCCGAGGAAACUGGGAAUCCUCACCACUAAGUGGGUUCAAGUGAAGGGGCCUCGGCUGACAGAGGUUGGGGUACAAGCAGACCUUCCAACUUAUGAAACAGAACAAACUAAGAGUUUUGAUGCCCAACUUGACAUCAGUGGAUGUGCUGACACCCUCCCCAAAGUAUUUGCUGACAAAGAGAUGCAGACUGUUAUACAAAACAAAAGAGACAAGAGUUCUCAAACUGGUGAGGUGAACUUGAAGAUAGAGAAUCAGCCAUCACAGCCAUUAUGGAAUAUCAUUUCACUGUCAGAUUUGCCCAAGAGAAAGAAAAAUAGGGCAUUUAGGGAAAAAGACCAGAUGAAAAGUGUAGCUGGUGAUGACAAUGAAAAGAAUGCCUUAGAUAAUGGCUUUGAAAGUAGCAAUGCAGAAAAGUCUAUUGCAAGAGGAAAGAAACUUUUCCAUGGUCGUCCUAUGGCGAAGGGCAAAAUGACCAAGCCAGUUGAGAUUCCUCUUGAUGCUGUGGCAAGGAUGCAAGAUCCAAGGAUCCAAGGCUAAUAUUAGAUUAAGACUCUCUACAAACUGAUAUUUUCAGUAUGACUAUCUGUUAACCUGUAUAAACCAUCCUUGUGUCUUACAAGAAAGAAUCAGAACAAAAUGUUUACUUAGGUUUUUAUUUUUUAAUCAUUAAGAUAUGAAAGCUGCUCAUCCUGUCAUAUAAGUAUAUUUGAAUGUCAAUUAUUUGAAUAAAUUUUUAUCAUAGAUUGUAUCAGAAAAGUUUGAGAUAUUUAUGAUGAAUUUAACAAGAUGUAGAGUGGAUCAGUAUAUAAUAAUGUUAUUUGUAUGUGUUUUGGAUAGCUCAGUGGAGGAAACCUGUGUGAUAGGAGAUGGCACCAUCCAAUAACUCUUCACAUGUGCAUAACUAUAAUUGGUUAGCCUUUUUGGAAUUUGAUUUUAAAAUGUCUUUAGCACUUGUAAGGCAUUGUACAAAUAUUGUGUAAAUAUUAUAUGAACUUGUCUUCUUGUGUUGCAGUAGUACAUUGGUACUGUAAGAAAAUACUGAAUCACCACAUUGGUUAUUAGAAGAUAGGAUCAUGGAAUGUAACCUCUUGUCAUAGGUGUAAAAUUCUCGUAUACAUGUAAAUUCUGCUGACAAAGAUCUUGGACGAAGCAUAGAGUAACUUGCUUACAUAACAAGACCUUGGUUUAUUAGUUCUUGCUUACCUUUUG